UUUAGUGUUCAAGGCUCUGGAAUGAAACCCUAAUUCCCAAUUUCUACAAACCGUUUCUCUCUCAAUCUCUUUGACACCGAGACGAGCUCGGGCUUGAGCAAGCUCAGCUCGAUUACAACCAUUCUAGGGCUUUGGUUUAUCCAAUGGAGGAGAGCAACCAAGGCAUCGGCAAUGGAGGAGGAGGAGGAGGAGAGGAAGAAGAGAUCGAAACACUGCGAUUUCUUGACUCCUUGGAUGGCUAUGUUACUCUAUUGAAUUCCCUGUCCUCCAUUCUUCGCCAGGGAUGGCUAGAACUGGCGAGUGCCCGCCAUUCUAUGGGUUCAUCAGCGUGUAUCAACUGUCAUUGCUUGAUCUCAAAGUGCAGUCGGCUUCGACUACGUGUGGAGUUACUGAUUCUGUUGAUGGUUCUCCUUCUGGUUUUUCUUGAUGCUCUGACCACAUUUUACCUUAUUAAAAUGGGUAUCAUCAAAAGAAGGGAAAUGCUAUUCUGGGGAGGAAGGAUCUAUACAAUUGCAAAAUGGAAUCUAGUAGUUCACAAUUACGGCGUCGAGGCCUAUCCCAUAUCUCUGAAGUUAAUGAAGAAGCUAGCUCUGCGGCCAGUGAUUCUCAUCCUACUGUUGAUAAUGUUAUUCAGAAACAAAGAACUAAGUCUUUAUCAGUUUUCGGAGCUUUGGUUUCCCCAAAGCUUCGUGCAGCACAAGGUUCAUUCGAGACCGCUCUCGAGACCAUUGUAGAAUUAGCGAACUUGCGGUCUGCCGUAAUAUCUGCGCACUCUCAACUACAACAAGAAGACUUGGCUGAUGUGGCUGGCACAAGUUGAAUUUUGGUUGUUUUCACAGCAGAAGUAUAUCUAUUGAACCUCUGUAUCAAUGCUAUAAUGUUUUCUUGUCAAAAGACGAUGAAAUACAUUACAGUUUAAAAUAAUAAAAUUAAAAUAUAUUUUGGAUAGCACAUGCACAGAUAAUACACUGAACUUUGUAUCUUAUCAAAUUGAACAAUUUCAGCAUUAUUAAUUUUAACAGAUGUAUAUAUUUCUUUA